CUCUCUUUGGCCCCUGGUGUUUUCCCCAGCUUAUCCCCCUCUCCAUCACCGUUUCUUCAUCUUGUGUCGCUGGGUUCGAGAUCGGCUCGGAGCCUGUUGCACGUUUUGGACGCGAUUCACUAGCAGAAUUGACUCGCAUUUUCUUUCCCCGUCGCCACCUCAGGGAUACUGGAAAAGGAAACCAAGCCAUCGCCGCAAAGGAAAACAAGAGCUACUACCACUGCUAGAGUUCAGGAUGAACGGCGAUACUUAUUCGUCUAGAGCGGAGUCCGGUCGCUCAAGGGAAUACUACCGCGACGAGCGACGAGAGCGCGGAGGAGACAGAGGCGCGGAGAGAAGACGGUCUAGAUCCCCUCACUACAACUCGAGAGGUUCCCGACGCGAAGCAGAGGCCGACUCAUACUCAUCAAGCCGCGACUAUCGUGCCAGAGAACGUGAGGACCGCUACUCAAGCCGACGGGAAGACCGGGAAUGGGAUCGGGACCGGGGCGAUCGCCGACGCAGAGACUACGAUGACCGGUCAUCUCGUCGCGAACGAGGAGGAGGUGCUCCUGCUGGGGCUGGGGCUGGGGCUGGGGCUGGUGCUGGUGCUGGUGCUAGUGCUAGUGCUGGCGCUGGAGGAGAAAGGGAUUUGUUUGAGGGGGAGAGGCCUCGCCGAGAGGGAAGAGAUCGCGGUGAUCGCGGCGAGCGUGGCGAGCGUGGCGACCGUGAUCGUGAGAGGAGAGAGCGCAGGAGAAGCACCUCGCCUCCACGAAAGAAGGAGGCUACUCCCGAUCUCACGGAUGUCCUGUCGGUCUUGGACCGCAAGCGCCGUAUGACACAGUGGGACAUUAAGCCUCCAGGUUAUGAGAAUGUCACUGCCGAGCAGGCUAAACUUUCGGGCAUGUUCCCGCUUCCCGGAGCUCCACGACAGCAGCCUAUGGACCCCAGCCGUCUCCAGGCUUUCAUGAACCAGCCGGGUGGUAAUUCUGUGGACAACUCAACCCUCAAGCCCUCCAACUCUCGCCAGUCAAAGCGCCUGUUUGUGUACAAUGUGCCGCCUACCGUGACCGGAGAGGCUCUGGCCGCUUUCUUCAAUCUCCAGCUCAACGGCCUUAACGUCAUCCAGAGCGUUGACCCGUGUAUCUCUGCACAGCUGUCCGAGGACCGCACUUUUGCUCUGUUGGAGUUCAAGACCCCUAACGAUACCACGGUUGCGCUUGCGUUUGAUGGGAUCACCAUGGAGGAGCAUGAGGGUGCUGGAAACGGUACAGAGAACGGCUCGCAGAAGGGGCUGGAAGUGCGACGACCCAAAGAUUACAUUGUUCCCAAUAGUCCCGAGCAGGAAUAUCAGGAGGGAGUACUGUUGAAGGAGGUUUCCGACUCGCCCAAUAAGAUCUGCGUGUCGAACAUUCCUCAGUACAUUGCGGAAGAGCCUGUUACAAUGCUGCUCAAGUCCUUUGGAGAGCUCAAGUCUUUCGUUCUGGUGCAGGACAGGUCGACGGAAGAGUCCCGGGGAAUUGCUUUCUGCGAAUAUAUUGAUCCCACAACCACGAGCAUUGCCGUUGAGGGUCUUAAUGACAUGGAGCUCGGCGGACGGCACCUCAAGGUCGUCCGUGCCAGUAUCGGAAUGACGCAGGCUGCUGGACUCGACAUGGGAGUCAAUGCGAUGUCGAUGUUCGCCAAGACCAUGUCUCAAGAUCUGGAGAGCAGCCGUGUGCUGCAGCUUCUGAAUAUGGUGACACCCGAGGAGCUUAUGGACAACGACGAUUAUGAAGAAAUCUGUGAUGAUGUGCAGGAAGAAUGUUCCAAGUACGGCCAGGUCGUCGAAGUGAAAGUGCCGCGUCCCACCGGCGGCAGUCGACAAUCCCCUGGCGUGGGCAAGAUCUUUGUCAAGUUCAGCUCUGUUGAGGCCGCCACGGAGGCAUUGAAGGCGCUUGCAGGCAGGAAGUUUUCGGAUCGAACAGUCGUAACCACAUACUUUUCGGAGGAAAGCUUCGACGUCAGUGCUUGGUAGUGGAAGACUCGCUCGGAUCUACGAAUGGUUCUAGUUUAAAAGAGGGCGAAUACAAAUAAUCUAUCCUCAGGUGGACGGUAUUUGUUCUGCUAUACUCCUUGGGUUAAUGUAUCAUAGCGAGAAAAAUGGACGCACAUUGUGACUUUUUCAGGCGUACAUCCAGCCAGCUUGUAUGAUCCCACUCAAGUUAUUUGUAUUCUUCGCUGCAGGAGAACAAGUCAUGCGACAAUCCCCUAUCUUCCCACACCCCAUAUUCCAGAUGUCACUACAUAGUCCAUACUCGUCGUCAAAGCCCUAAAAAAACCGAGUCAACCAGAACUCUUAAGAAGAAGAAGCUUUUCUCGCUCCAGAACACAAUGUUCGCAGUUAUACUGAACCGAGGCAUCUCUUCCAUCUCCGCA